AUGAAGACCUGUUUCACGAGCGGCUUUUUUCUUGCUCGUUACAGCGGCAGGACGUCAUGGCAUCCGAUGGCAAUGGCACGCGUGCUGUAUCGCCUCGACCCUUCACCACUAUCGAAUUCGCAUACUCCGUCUCCACACGCCCCCACAGAGACAACUCGUACGAUGAAGUACGCACCAGCGUUUAUUGCAGGGAUCGCCGCUCUGGCCGUCACCGUCUUGACUACGACUACCUUCGCCGAUGCUGUAGAGCGCAAGCUUGUCCUUGGAGGAAGCGCGGUGCCGCGUGGAAGGAAGUCCUACUACGCUGGUUUGCGCAACACAAUGGAGGGCCGAAACUUCUGCGGUGGAGCCCUUAUCAGUCCCAAACACGUGCUCACAGCCGCUAACUGCGUCGAGUCAGACAUCCGCUGGGUCUCUAUUGGCUCGCACUACAAUAACGGGAGUGAGGACGGUGAGCAGAUCUUGGUCGCGGCGGUCAUCAUCCACCCGAAUUAUACGGAGCCACACAAGUUUUCCAAUGACUACGCCAUCUUGGAGCUGGCUGUCGCGUCGUCGAUUAAGCCCGCAAAGCUAGCAAAGGCCGAUGAUUCGGACUUUAAGGUCGGCGCUAUUGUAAAUGUCGUUGGCACGGGGCUCUUGUCAGAAGGCGUAGGGGCCGUAGAUGCACACGAGCUACAACGAGUGGAUAUGACACUCAUUACAAACCAAGAGUGCGACGCAGACGGCCGGACAGCUACGGAUAUGUCGAUGGUCUGCGUAGCAGGUCAGAUCAGCAAAGGAUGGUGUGAUGGCGAUUCCGGGGGUCCGAUCUUCAUCGAGUCUUCUGACGAUGACGAUUCCGGCGACGUGGUGAUUGGUCUCGCCAGUUGGCGGAGCGAUGGGGGUGCUGUCCAUGGGUGCGGCCGCGGAAAAAGUCUGCCUAUGAUUAACGCUCGAGUUUCGCAUGUUCGCGAGUGGAUCGAAGCGAUCAGAACAACGUCGUGCUUUGUUUAG